AAACAAAGGCUGGCUGUUUGGCAGACAUUUUCUCAAAAAUGAAUGAAGUGAGCUGUCAUUUCCAGGAAAACAACUCACAGGAAACAUCUUGACCGGGCCCACCUGUGAAUGACUGCAGGAAGAAGAAAUUAACAUAAACCCUCCAGAGGCUGAGGGGAACCAGGAAGUGUUUGACCCUACUCCCUCCCUUUUUUUAGAGUAAAAGAAGUCUGAGUUCUAACUCAGGCAAGAUGGUUCUUUGGGACACACAUUCAUCUUCUUCUCGGUCUGCUGGUUUUCUGGGUUAAGUCGCUAUUUCUUGCCCCAAGAACGUCUCGAUUUAUUGGCCUGCGGUGCAGCUUGGACUUGGUAACAAUCCUAGGAGUACAGUAAAAAGUUCUGCCUUCACAGUUCUCUGCCUUUACCCAAAAGCUGUAGAAAAUGAACAAAUCCCAGGGAUCAGUGUCAUUUACGGAUGUGACUGUGGACUUCACCCAGGAGGAAUGGGAGCAACUGGACCCCUCCCAGAGGAUCCUCUACAUGGACGUGAUGCUGGAGAAUUACAGCAACUUACUAUCAGUGGAGGUAUGGAAAGCUGAUGACCAGAUGGAGAGGGACCACAGAAACCCAGAUGAGCAGGCAAGGCCAUUUAUAAUCUUUAAGAACCAAACCCCAAUUGAAGAAAGAGAUAAUCUCUUUGGAAAAACAUUUAAUCUUAGCACAGACUUUGUUUCUUUAAGACAAGUACCCUAUAAAUAUGACUUAUAUGAAAAAACUUUGAGAUAUAAUUCAGACUUACUUACUAGUGAUAGAAGCUAUAUAAGAAAGAAAGACGACGACUGUAAUGGAUUUGGAAAAGCACUCCUCUAUCUGAAGCAAGAGAAAACCCAUACUGGAGUGGAAUACUCCGAAUAUAAUAGAAGUGGAAAAGCCUUCAGCCAUAAAGAAGGCAUUUUUAAACACCAGAAAAUCAGAAAUUUGGUGCAACCUUUUAUCUGUAAUUAUUGUGACAAGGCAUUCUCAUUUAAAUCACUCCUUAUUAGUCAUAAGAGAAUACAUACUGGAGAAAAACCUUAUGAAUGUAACGUGUGUAAGAAAACCUUCUCCCAUAAGGCAAACCUCAUUAAACAUCAGAGAAUUCAUACUGGGGAGAAACCCUUUGAAUGUCUUGAAUGUGGAAAAGCUUUCACCCACCAGUCAAACCUCAUUGUACACCAGCGAGCACAUAUGGAGAAGAAGCCCUACGAAUGCAGUGAAUGUGGCAAGACCUUUGCCCAGAAAUUUGAACUUACUACACACCAGAGAAUUCAUACCGGAGAACGACCCUAUGAGUGUAAUGAAUGCGCCAAAACCUUCUUCAAGAAAUCAAACCUCAUUAUACACCAGAAAAUUCACACAGGGGAGAAACGCUAUGAGUGCAGUGAAUGUGGAAAAUCCUUUAUCCAGAACUCACAACUCAUUAUACAUAUGAGAACUCAUACCGGAGAAAAACCCUAUGAAUGUACUGAAUGCGGCAAAACAUUCAGCCAGAGGUCAACUCUUAGAUUACAUUUGCGAAUCCACACAGGAGAGAAACCAUAUGAAUGUUCUGAAUGUGGGAAGGCCUUCAGCAGGAAGUCCCGACUCAGUGUCCAUCAGAGGGUUCAUACCGGGGAUAAACCCUGAGACUGCAGCCAGGUUGUACUGUGAGAACCCUUCCAAUAGGGAGAAACCUUGCAAAGGUGCUGAAGGAACAUGGGAACUCAUACUGAGAUACAAUCUGUCAACUCAAAGUGUGUAAAAAUGAGGUCCCCUAAGAACAAUAUUGUACUGAUCGGUAUAUGAUACCCAACUAAAGAAUACAUAUCAGAAUAUAUCCAAUUGUAAAUAGAAGUACUUGGCUGUAUUACAGUGAGUUUUUUAAAAUCUUGAAUAAUUCAUUCAAUAAUGAAAUAUUCUGGGCAGCAGGCAGCAUAAAGGAGCUAGAGACAGUACCCUAGGAAUUCAGUGGUUAUGUGCGAGAAUAUGCCACAAAAAAAAACUAUAUUUUAGAUCUGCACAUGUGAAUUUAACAGACACUAAGAGUUUGGAAUUCUUGUCUUGAUAAUCAAAUUAGGACACAUCAAACAUGAUUUUCCAUACUGAACAUGUGUUUUUCAGUACCUUUACAAUCCUGUCUGCAUUCCAAAUGAAACACAUAACAGAUUUCCAUAGCAUGUAGCAUAUGUUUUCUCCUCCUCCUUGCUGGCAUAUAUAAGUUGGUAUGACCAUUGUUAUUGAGCUGCCUCUUCAGUCAACAGAAGACAAUGUUGUUGAAGUUUUAACCUUUUGGGUUUGCUGAAGAUUUCCUAGAAGUAUUAUUGACAUAAAUAUGCAAGUGUGAGAUAAUUAAGAGAGACUGAAGAGAGUGAAAGGCAGCAGAUGUGGGUUCUAUCACUCAGUGUGCACCACGGAAUAAAUGGGCUGUGUAAAGAAUAGCCGCACCCAUCAUGCUCGUUAUUUUCCACUGGGAUAUUUACAUACAAAUGCAAAUGCAUGUCUUUUACCAAAAUAUUGUAUAACCCAGAAACUACAUGUAUUUUUGGGUGUUUCGCUAUUUCUCUUAAUAUUUUAUAAAUUGUCUUGCAAAAAAUAGAAUGCAUAUGUAGUUCAAGUGUUACGUUUCAGAGACUUUAGAGGAAAAAUAAUUUAAGAAACUGUCAAUAAAUGUCUUAUAUUGCUUUUUAAA